AUGAUAACCUUUUCAAUCAUCUAUGUGUUGUUGAACCUACUUCUUUACUGUGGGGUUUUUUUUAAACUUUACGAAUGGGCCUAUCCUGUUGCCAAAUCAUUUAUUGCUCAUCCAUUUCUGGUUAAAGAAAUCGUCACUUUUUUUUACCAAGAAUUCAUCUCCUGGAUUAAAUCUAGUCUUAAAGAUUUGGCUAUCAAGUGUAUACCUUCUCUCUGGUUGCUCAUGUGUGCAAUGAGAUGGGUCGAAGUUAGUGUAUCCAAAAUUCUUACUGUAAACGUUGUGGUGAUCAAAGUCUUGAAGUUCGCCUUUUUCCCUCUUUGGAUUCUGAAGAUAGUCUUUUUGGUUGUCCUUUCUCCUUUUGCUCGUCUGAUUAUCAAAACAAUUGAAUAUACUAUUGGGAUGCCUAUCAUUGCCACUGCUGAUACUCAGGUCUCUUUAAUUCCUCGCUCUUUCACUAGACGUUUUACUGACGUAGCACCUGCUGGUUCUACUUCUUAUUUUGAUAGAGUGUACACUUGGGUUCGUUCUUUAGUCCAAGGUGGUGAUAUGCAAGCUGGCUCAGAAGAAUCCCAUGCAAAUACUGUUGAAACUAACCCUUCUGAAACUAACCCUGUUAGACCCCUCUAUCUUGCACCAAACUUAGGCGAAGAUACUGAAUUUGUACAAAAUACGAUUAUGACACUACUAACUUGGAUAGAACAACAAAAAUUACCUAGACUAGAAAACUUAGCCGAUCGUGAUGGCGAUGCAAUCAGUCACUGGUUUCAAUUUCAAUCUCCUGAACUUCUUUGCAGAGGUGUUUUGACAGAACUGUUUUCGGUACACCGUGAUACUCGUUUGGAGAAAAUGCUUGAAUUUUUUGCAACAGAUACUGAGUCUAGAGAUCUUGCUAUUGCUAUUGCUACUCUUUUAUUGAUUUCUUUUGAUAUUAAAAUGCCAUUGCCUGUUAGAUUAAUUGUUGGACAUCAGGUACCUAACGUACCACGUAGACCGUUCGAGAGAUUUGUCGAGAAUAUGGCAGAUACUCUUCAGUCAUCCCGAAGCACACUCAUGUGUGAUUUCAUGUUGGCGAACCUCACUGAUAGUACUAUUGCAGCGGAGAUUGUGAACAAGCAAUGGACCGACAAAAAUUCCACUAGUAACAAGAAAAAACCUGUGCCUGCUUUUAUCACUGAAUUUAUUGAGCAACCCUUUAUUGUGUCUGAUCCCAAGCCUUCCAAAUUUCGUUUUUUAAAACGUGCACUAUUUUGGUUCAAGCGUACAUUUACCAAAGCCGGACUUGCGCAAGAUGCCGAACUUAAAUUCCUUCGCUUAUAUGCCGAUAAGACUCUCAAAGAUCUUCAUGAACUUCAAGAACUCUUUUGGUUUCAGCCUGGUCAACAUCCUCGUCUUAUCGCUACGCCUUCUUCUUCUUUACGUGCUAGUAGUAUGGACACAGAAGACUAUGAGGUUGAACAUUAUAAUCUCGUUCAUGAAAUUUUGGAGGAUGUACCGUCUACGCCGACAGAAAUUCCUGAUAUUCCUCCCGAGAGACAAGUAAAUCAUAAUGAACUAAGGGACCUUAUAGACGCUGGUCCUGACGUUGAUAUUAGAAGACUUGAUCGUAGUUAUUAUGCCCAACGCCUGCUUCGUGCAGGACAACGAUUGACACAUCCAAAAUAUGAUUCAAAUGACAUGACUGUCAAAGGUGAAGUUAUAGGAAGUCCAUUUUCCUCAUUGCGAAAUAUCAAUCUGUCAGGUACUUAUACACCUGAAAUCAAUAAUGAAAGGCCCCCUAUUCAAUACCAGCAAUAUCCCGCUCGCUUAAUUGAACCAGCAGCUGGAUGUACUUGGGAGUGGGAAAGUGAAAUUGCUCUAUAUGGUAGUAAUCAUGGUAGCGAAGAAGGUGAGCGUGGCUCUGAUGGCGAAGACAAUGAGCGUAGAUCUGGUAGUGAAAAAAAUGAAUCUGGUUCCGAUAAGGAAAACAAUUCUCAAGGAAAUUUAGCUAUGAUUGAAGCUGAAGAGACAGACAUACCAGCAAGAACUAUUCGUUUACGUAGUUUCUCUUGGCCUAUGGUCUCUAGUGGGUCUCAAAUUCUGCCAAGAACCAAUCGUCAACCUUCGGAAGAUAUCGUGCCUGGUAUGAGCGAUGAUGCAAUUCUGAUGGCUAUUCUUCGUGAUGACGAUGACGAGUAUGUAAAUGACCCUAAUAAUCCAAUUACCUCUGAUUUAAUUGCAAGCAUGUAUCACCGUAAUUCUUAUGUUUCUACUUAUGCCCAAAGCAUCAUUUAUGGUUCGUUCGAAGCAGAUUUUCAUAGGUCAUGUUCCAGCGCUGGCUCAGAGUAUUUUGAUAACAACGGAUUUCCUAUUGACAAAGACGGCAUUUUCAGAGAAAAGCUGGAUGAUUACAUCUCUGAGCGCUAUAAUAAUCUUGCUACAAUUACAGAGGCUGACGACGAUCAAAUUACCCAGGAAGGUGGUGAGCAACUUUCUGAGCAAGAACAGGAAAAUCUUACUGAAUUAAUUACCAAUGACAACUCAGAGAAUGACAACAAUAAUGCAUUAGAUCCUGGGUCUAAUAGUAAUGACCACAGUAGCAUGGAUGGUUUAUUGGGUACUGAAAAUAUAGAGCGAAUUCAAGAUAUCACUUUCGAUUUUCCCUCUCUGACUGAAGGUAAUUUAUCAGGUCCAACAUCACAGAAUCUUAAUCCUGGUGUUCAAAAUAUUUUGGAUGAUUUAUCUGAUGACAAUGUUGAUGAAGAGCUAGCCCAAAGUACUAUCGUUACUCCCCUCGAACAAACUCAAGAUAUUGCCCUGACCCCACCUGUUCUUGGUGUUCAAAAUAUUUUGGAUGAUUUAACUGAUGAUAAUGUUGAUGAAGAGCUAGUCCAAAGUACUAUUGUUAAUCCCCCUGAACAAACUCAAGAUAUUGCCCUGACCCCACCUGUUCUUGGUGUUCAAAAUAUUUUGGAUGAUUUAUCUGAUGACAAUGUUGAUGAAGAGCUAGCCCAAAGUACUAUUGUUACUCCCCCCGAACAAACUCAAGAUAUUGCCUUAACCCCACCAACGCAAACUCUUGUUCCUGGCGGCCAAAAUGUUUUUGAUGAUCUCUUAGUUGAAAAUAAUGAAAGUUUAUUUUUGCCUCUUUCCCAUGAUGAUGGUAACAUCCCUCAAGUUCCGGAACCAAGUGAAUUAAUUUGUGGUGUUCCCCAGAAUGUUUUGAACAAUUUGGUGGAUAGUAAUAAUACCGAUCAAUCUCAAGCAGUUGAGCUGACUGUAGCACCUGAAAAUCUUAAUACUAGUGUCGAAGAUACUGUUCAAGAUGCCCCUGGUAGCGGAUUAGUUGAUAGCAAUAUCGUUCCUGUUAAUACUGGUAUCGAAGAUGCUGUUCAAGAAGCUCUUGGUAGCUUAUUAGAUUUAGAUAAUGGAGAACCUGGCCAUGAAGUGAUUGAUGAUUUUUUUUCAACUCCAGCCGAUAGAAACCGAAACCCAACCAUCACUAUAGCUGACAUGCCCCGAGGACUUGGUAGAAAUAGGCUUGGCUCUGGUCAACUUCGUCCUGUUACAUCUGAAGAAUUGGAGGAAAUUAGACUUAUCACCAAUCCACCUGAAUCUGAUCUUCCAACAGCUUUUCAACCAGAACCAUUCCGGGAUGGUGGUGACAUUAUAGAUCUUUUGGAUCCUACUGAUGAUAAUCAAGACAGUAAUUCGGAUGCUCCACCCACAUUUGAAGAACUUAGAGCAAUUGAAGCUGAAGAUAUACAAAACAAUGCUGCUGGUCAAGAUAUAUCACAGGGUGCUCGUGAUGCUCCUGGACCUGGAUCUGGAUCCUCUGGUAGUAAUAAUAGCGGUUCUGGAGUUAGUUCAUUACACGGUUCACUAGGCAGUUCACUAGGCAGUACUUUUGAUGGUUCUGGUGGUAGCAAUGUCGGUGGUAUUAACAAUAACAAUGACGACGCAGGAUCUGGUAGUUCCUUUGCUGAAGUAUUCUUUACCCAAAGGGAUCGUGCUGAAUUCGAACAACACUUUGCCAGUCUUUCUACUGCAGUUUAUAAUGAUGUUCAAGAUUUACGCAAAAAGAUGUCCACUAUUACAAGAAUUAUGAGAAGACUGAUGUCUGGUGAAAGUGCUCAGUUUUUAAACACCUUGCAUGCGUCAAGUGUCAAGGGAGAAACAUUAGCCGAGACAACUGAGAUCCUUCAAAAGUUAAGACAAAAUUUUAAAAGCACAGCGGAUCAUUUCCAGUACUAUGAAGGUUAUAUCGAAGACUUCGGAAUGGGGUAUGCUUUUUACCGUGCUGUAGAGUUUGCAACGGAUUUUAUAGAAGAAUUAGAACGUACUUUUGAGAUGCUCGAUGGAGAGAGACGUAUUCACGGGACUGUUAUGCGCAGAGUCAAAAAAGAAGUUGCUGAAAACACUCGUAUGGUCAAAAAUUUGAGAGCAAUAGUACAGCAAUACAUCUACUCCUCUGUUCAUCUCACAGACCCUCAAAGACGCAGAGAGUUUAGAGAAUCUGUUGGUGCUCUUUUAGAAUAUGUUAGUAUACAUGGUGAUCGAUACGAUUUUUUGUCUGAUAUUCAACGUCGUCGCAAUUUAAUAAUCAACUAG